AUUGCCUUCAAUGCCGAUACUGGAAGCCAUUGACCUGCCCUCGUUUGCUCGUGAUACAUAUGCAUAUCCUGGUCUACUCAACGUUGUAAUUGCUCAAUUCUCAAAUUUGGAAGAAGCAAGAUGGAACUUUUGUAACACUUUUGAUAAGUUGGAAGAUGAGGUAAUCGAGUGGAUGGCGACAAACCAUAUACCAAUCAAGACAAUUGGACCUACUAUUCCAUCAAUGUACCUAGACAAGAGGUUGGAGGAUGAUAAGGACUAUAGUUUCAAUCUAUUCAAACCGGAUGUGGAUGCCUGCAUCAAGUGGCUAGACUCAAAGGAAGCUGCAUCAGUUGUUUAUGUAUCAUUUGGAAGCUUGGCCACCUUAGGAGAAGAACAAAUGGAGGAAAUAGCAUGGGGUCUGAAGAGGAGCAACAACUAUUUCUUGUGGGUUGUUAGAGAAACAGAACAAAAGAAGCUCCCUAACAACUUUGUUGAGGAAACAUUAGAGAAAGGGCUAGUAGUGUCUUGGAGCUCUCAAUUGAGAGUUCUAGCUCAUGAGGCAGUGGGUUGUUUUAUAACUCAUUGUGGUUGGAACUCGACGAUUGAGGCGUUGAGCUUGGGGGUGCCAAUGGUAGCAAUGCCAAUAUGGACAGACCAACCAACUAAUGCGAAGUUUGUUGAAGAUGUAUGGAAGGUAGGAAUUCGAGUUAGGAUGGAUGAAAAUGGCAUAAUCAGAAAGGAAGAGAUUGAACGGUGUAUAAGGGAAGUCAUGGAGGGAGAGAAAAGUAUGGAUAUCAAAAGUAAUUCAGAGAGGUGGAAGAAAUUGACCAAAGAGGCAGUUGAUGAAGGUGGAAGCUCUGAUAGGAAUAUAGAUGAAUUCGUAGCAGAACUUAUGUUCAAAUAGAUAUUUGGUGUAGUUGUUUUGUUAGUUGGCCAAAAAGAGGUUAAUAAAAUUACAUAUUCUUGAUGUUAAUGGGUGAUGCUAACAUUUAGCGGCAUCUUCAGCAUAAGGUCCGAUGAAAAUAAGCACAAGCUUGGACUACAUUUUUUUAAUGAAUGAUAAAGGAGUGG